CGUAACAAGGGCCCAGAUGUAAGAAAAACAGUCUCCAACUCCACAAGAACACUCCCAUCCAUCAUCUUCUUCAUCUUUCCCGCUCCAUUCCCAACCUCCUCUAUAACCAUGCAUCAAGCGCCACAACCAACCCCGAUGCUUCCCCGGGCGCCUCCACAACGGGAUAGGAAGAGUUCCUUACGCAUAGCAAGGCUCGCCGAUGAAGCCGAGCGCUACGAUCACGCAGCUCUCUUCAUCAAAGAAAUCAUAGCAACAACCUACGCCCACACAGAACUCACCCCCAAGGAAGGCUGCCUCCUCGCCGCCGCCUUCAAGAACCUCAUCAUCUAUGCCCGCACCGCAUUGCGCUCGGCCAUCUCCGCCUCCAGUUCCUGGCAUCACGACCCGUCCAAACAAGACCUAGCCGUCGACUACUUUCACCGAUGCAAGGAAGAAAUCGUCUGCACCUGUAUGGAAUUCCUUCAAAUAAUUGAACAGCGGCUGCUUCCCACCUCCAAAUCCAGAGAAUCGAUGAUCUAUUACCUAACCCUAAAGGGAGAGUUCACCUGGUAUUUGGCAGAGAAUAAGGAAAAUAGAAGCCCCGGAAUGCCAGAAGAAUUAGUCGCUAAAGCCGCCUAUUACAACGCUUGGGACUUUGCGAAAGAUCUUGAUGCCAUGAAUCCGUAUGUGCUAGCCCUGGCGUUUAGUUAUGCAGAGUUUCACUCAGAGUUUCUCAAUAACCCUAUCGAAGCUCUUCAAAUUAUACAACGCACAGUGGAUGUGAUCGGCACACUACAAGAAGAUGGCAAACCAGCUCAUACGCUCCUGAGCUUUGAAGGCGGCCUUCAAUUGUAUGUGAAUCUGCUGAACUUGCAGGGAAAGAUUAACUAUCUGCUAAAGGGAAACGCCGCCGGAGCUUCCAAUAUCCCGGCCGCCCAAGUAGCCGGACCUCCCAAUAUUCCGGCCGGAGUUUUCAAUAUUCCGGCCGGCGAUGUAGCCGGACCUUCCAAUAUUCCGGCUGGCAAUGUGGCCGGACAUUCCUAUAUCCCACCUUCCAACGAUGCAGCCGAAACUCCAGUUCUUCCACCCAAAUACUUAGCAGCAGUGUGCUUUAUGUUAGGUACUGACGCAACCAAACAUUCCAGUUUUCUUGCCAGUUACAUACUUGGAGCUUCCAACACUCCGGCCGGUUUAUUAGACGACUCUGUCAAUCUUCCGGUGGGUGGUGUCGCCGGACCUUCCAAUUUUCCGAUGAAUUAUGAAGCCGGGCCUUCCAAUGUUCCGAUGAAUUAUGCAGCUGGACCUUCUAAUGUCCCGAUGAAUUAUGCAGCCGUACCUUCCAAUGUUCCGAUGAAUUAUGCAGCCGGACCUUCCAAUGUUCCGAUGCAUUAUGCAGCCGGAUUUUCCAGCGUUCCUGCCGAUUAUGCAGCCGGACCUUCAAAUAUUCCGAUCAUUAAUGUCGCUGGAGCUUCCAAUAUCCCGGCCGGUUAUGCAGCCGGUCCUUCAAAUAUUCCAAUCCUUGAUGUCGCCGGAGCUUCCAAUAUCCCGGCCGGUUAUGCAGCCGGACCUUCAAAUAUUCCGAUCAUUGAUAUCACCGAAGAUUCCAAUAUCCCGGAGGAUUACGCAGCCGGGCCUUCAAAUAUUCCGGUCAUCAAUAUCCCGACCGAUUAUGCAGCCGAACCUUCAAAUAUUCCGAUCGUUAAUUUCGCCGGAACUUCCAAUAUUCCAGGCGGUUAUGCAGCCGGAGCUUCCAAUAUUCCUGCCAGUAAUGUCGCCGGAGUUCCCUAUAUUCCGGCUUAUGGAGAAGAAGAAGAAUAUGAUUUUGCGGGCGAGUUCGAAAAAAAUCCCAACGCAUUUGAUUCCUUUCUCGAAGAACAACCUACCGACAUUCCGCCCAGUGCUGCACUCGAACCUUCUGAUUUUCCCGGAAGCAACAGUGGCGGCAAUCUCUAAUCUUUCAUUCUCGAUGAGGACGAUCAUCACCAUUCAAUCGGUGGAAUUUUUACAGAAGACUGCAAGAGGCCGCCGAGAACUGUGUACAAGACUUUUAUGAUUUGCUGGCCGGUGUAGAUGGGUAUAGGAAUUAUUAGCGCAAGUGGAAAUUGUUGGCGAAGGAUUGGUGCAACUUUGGUGGAUAUUUUACUACAUUGACUACAGUAAUUGGUAAAUAUUCUUUACAAAUUAACCAUCCUCUUUGAUCCAUUUUUUUAAUUU